GGAUGGAGCUCGUCGCGGCGGGUUGCCAGACGGCGGCGCCGUUCGCGCUCUGCCCGGGCCAGCAUCUGCUCGCCGUCGGGAUGGCGGCGCAGGGCCGCGGUGACGCCGGGAGACGGGCGUCGCGGGUGGACGUACUGCGCCUUCUUCGGCCCAACGGCGAGCACCACCUCGGAGGUCCGCUGAAGGUGGACUGCGUGCUCGGAGCUCCAGGCCUGCGCAGGCUGGCGUGGUCCACGACACCGACGGGUUACCAGCCUGACUUCGCGCUCCCAGAUGAGGUGCUAUACCAGGCCGGCCUCCUCGCCGGUGGAUUCGAGGACGGCACAGUGCGCAUAUGGGACCCUAAACCCGCGCUGCGCUGGGAUUUGGGUGAGGGAGUUCCAGAGAAGCCUAAGGCUGUAUGGAGGUUGGACGACGAUCCUAAAAAUGCGCUUACUCUGGAAGCACAAAUCCCCGCAACAGUUGCAGAUAUGCAUGCCAAAGUAAGAGAAAUGAAAUGGGCAUCGUAUUACGAUCACGACUCGAGAGGUAUGAACAGGGCCGGUGUCGGUGUCAAAACCGGCGGAUCUUGGGUAGGGGGUCCCGAACUGUGCGUCUAGGACGAAUGGUAACAGGAGGCAAGGGACAUGAAGUUUUACUCAGGUUCGGGCCCUCUUGAUGGAGGUA